AUGCACAAUCCACCCGAAGAAAACAUGCCUGUGCCUGAAAAUCCAAUUCAAGUGCAAAAUGUCAAUCAUCAUAUUGAAGACGUCAAGCAAGUAAAACUGCCAAAUUUUUGGAGAUCGAAUCCUGCGUUGUGGUUUACACAAGUUGACGCCCAAUUUCACAUAUACAAGGUACGAAAUGAUGUUACCAAGUACUAUACAGUGAUAUCUGCGCUCGAUAGUUCAGUGCUGCAACAGAUCUCUGACUAUAUCACAUCUCCACCAGAGACAGGAAAAUAUGAGAGUUAUAAUACUACACAAUUAUAUUGUGUAGUAUUAUAA